AUGCGAAUGAAUUUUAAAAGUGGAUUGAUAUUGUUCUUAUGUAUAUUUGUACUUGUUGUUGAAUCGAGCGCAAACUCAAUUCUACCUUAUCUCGGCGACAAAUCUGCUAUCAAUGGCUUGAAAUGCGAUAUUUGUAUCAAGUUCAUGCAAGGUGUUGUUUACGAUAUCGGCAUUCUUAAGUCGAAAGCGUUGGAAUCAAUUGAGAGGAACUGUUCGAAGUGGUUCAGCAAGAAAUACGAACGCUACGAGAAGUGCGUUCGUGUUCUCAGCGAACAAAUCGUAAUUUUGGCACAAGACAUGGAAGAUGCACUGAAUCCAAAUUCAGUUUGCGUUCGGGCUCACUUCUGCAAGAUGAAUGCGUCCAACAAUCGUACCAAGCAUACAGCCCAAUCCCUUUCAUCGAACAACUUAUGA